UUUAAUGUCAGUCCUAUGUAAAACUGCAGAAUUGUGCAAAACCUACUCAGCUCUGCAACAUCUGUUAAGGGUUACUUGACAUGUACACAUUUUUAUGGUCCCGUUCCUGGUGGCGUGCAUUGGUUGACUGCGGCAUGUGCUGGUCUCGUCGACCCUGGGCAGGUGGAGUUGCCCUUUAACACUGCUCCUCUGUAGAGAAAUUGCCGUCGCAUGGAUGAUUAAUAGUAUAUAAUGGACCCUUCCUAAUGUGAGGUCUUUGUUGGCUUUGGCAUAAGGAGAAGCUCCGACCUCUUAAUGGAUAGACCUGAGAAGAUGAUGGACUGGUUUCAGCUCGGAGGACCAUUGGGUGUAAUGGGAAGGAGAUGGUGAAACCAUCUAUAAAGAGAAUGGAGGUCACCAUUCCUGUUUUACUAGCCGCCAAGGACAUACCAUUCUCCAUCGUCCUGGUCACUCCUAGAAUUUAUAUACUGGUUAUUAGAAGGAGGAAGAGCUUAUAAUAUAUUGGGUCGUCUUCCUCAAAGGGGUUUCCAGUCUUGCUCAAAUCCAAUUACCAUGAAAAUCUCUGCAACUUUCUCAUAGACUUUCUGUUUCAAUUUCUUACGAUUCUCAAGAUCUUUCCCUUGCUGUCCUUUUGUAAAGUUUUUUUUUUUCGGGGGACGCAAGACAGUUCCUAUUCACUCUGGGCAAGCACAGAUGGUGAGGGAUUGGAUCGCUGACUUGCAGAACGUUUGAUUUUGUUUCAUAAUAGGAUGGUGGUGGUCUCCAGCUCAUCUUGUAGACCAUGCGGCCACCUGGAAUGACCCAGUCUAUGGUAUAGUUGGGCACAUUCAGGAUUACGUGAGCUCCUGCAUACUGCCUUUCUCUUGCCACGCUAGCAACUUGAAAGCAAAAAGGGGGGGCUUCCUAACCCACGCGUUAACCCUUCAGCUGCCUGCCUUCCACACACAUGCCGUAGACCCCCUCGCUCUGCAAACCUAACGUGACCAACAAACCGAAAAUAAUCAGAUGGAUUCCAUCCCUAGGACUCGAGGACAUUAUGCUCAUGACUUCCUUGGCAGAGUUAUCAAAAUUUGCUAAAUCCACUCCUAAUGUAAGGAAUGCCUGUUGUACGGACGUUAACGAGGACGAUCAAGCAGGUGCUGCAGAGCCCUGUCUGCGGAUGUCAGACUGUCACCUCUGUUCGUUUCAUUGGCUUUUCACCCCGCCAGGUGACGUCAGAUGCCAGCUUCCACUCUGUGUCCUUCUCGGAGACUGACCACCCUCGGGUGCUGAUCACUGGAGGAUUAGGUCAACUGGGAGUUGGACUUGCAAAGCUAUUGAGGAAACGUUUCGGCAACAAUAAUGUGAUCCUCUCUGACAUCCGAAAACCUCCGGACAAUGUGUUUUAUAGCGGACCUUUCAUUUACUCCGACAUCUUGGACUAUAAAAACCUCCGUGAGAUAGUGGUGAACAAUCGGAUAACCUGGUUAAUACACUACAGCGCCCUGCUCAGCGCCGUUGGCGAAGCAAACGUUCCUUUGGCCAGGGCGGUCAAUAUAACCGGUCUGCACAAUAUUCUGGACAUAGCUGCAGAACACGGUCUACGCCUGUUUGUGCCCAGCACCAUUGGGGCAUUUGGACCAACCUCGCCCAGAAACCCAACGCCUGACCUGUGUAUACAGAGACCAAAGACCAUCUACGGGGUCUCAAAAGUCCAUGCGGAGUUAAUGGGAGAGUACUACAACUAUCGGUACGGCCUGGACUUCCGAUGUCUCAGGUAUCCUGGCAUUAUUUCUGCUGAUUCCCAACCUGGAGGAGGAACGACUGACUAUGCUGUCCAGAUAUUCCAUGAUGCCAUCAAGAAUGGCAGAUUUGUCUGCAACUUGAAACCGGACACCCGCCUGCCAAUGAUGUACAUUGACGACUGUCUGAGGGCAACGAUGGAGGUGCUGGAGGCCCCUGCAGAGUCCCUCACAAUGAGGACAUACAACAUCAACGCCAUGAGCUUCAACCCUGAAGAGCUGGCCCAAGAAGUGAGGAAACAUCUGCCAGAGCUUGAGGUCGUUUACAAUAUGGAUGCGGUCCGACAAGCCAUUGCUGAUAGCUGGCCAAUGAACUUUGACGAUAGCAACGCUCGCAAGGACUGGGGCUGGAAACACGAAUACGACCUACCAGAACUGGUGACCACCAUGCUUGGCUACUUGAGCCCUGAAAGUCUCAAUGCUCAGGCCCAAGCCAGCUAAUCGAAACCUCGGGAGUCACCCAGUCACCAGGCUACUUCUAUCAUUGUAGUGUCAUACACUCUGGUAUAUGAUGCCGACACAUGUGUUCAUGACUCUCAACAUCUACUGUCACCAGUGGAGGGAAACUAAUAUUCUCAAUCGUUGUAAGUCUUGCCACGAGGCCAGUAUAUGGAUCUAUGUUUUAUUACUUGAAGUUGUGUUUUGGGGGUCAUUGUCACCUUCUUGGUUUAUUCUCUUGGGUGGCUGGAGGUUACUUACUGCAGAGCUUCAGAAACCAGGUGCUAAACUGUAAUAUAUGUAGUUAUAUUGUAUCCAUGUCCAUAGAUCUGUGGCAUUUAAGGUAUAGUCUGCCGAAAACAAGCCAGUCGAAGCAAUGGGAGCAAGAGGCCCAAAGUUGCCCAGAAUCAAAGGGUUCCAGAAAUGGGGAGAUGACCAAAGCUCUCCAUUAAAGAGGUAUUCACAUGUCAGACACUGAUGGUGCUGGGAUAGGGCAUCAAUAUCUGCAAUGUGAAUCCCCUUUAGGAGCUUUGGGACCCCUCUGGACAUUUGUUCUGUUCUGUUUUUUUGUGGGGGUAGGGUGUUUCAUUGACUUUUCAUUAAUUGCUAUUAUUGGAAGGCCCUUCUACCUCUCAGUGGAUAGAUUAGAAGCGACUGGAAUGCUAUUUUCCUUAUACAGAUUUCCUAAUCCCCCGUAAAGUCAUGUCGCUAAAUUUAUAAAACCCUGUCCGCCUGUAGCCUCCACUAGGGGGAGCUGAGAAGCUGACAUGUAUAAAAAUUGUAUACAGUGAGCUCCCCCUAGUGGUGGCUGAGGGCAGCAAACUUUCUAACUAUAGAGUCUCAUUUUAAGUGAGUUUGAGGCUAUUAUUUUUAGACUGGAGGUGCUUUGCGCACCUGCGCUAAAUUUAUGGCGCCCUGUUUUUAUAAAAUUUGUUGCACGUGUGAUGUGGUUUCGCCACUGUCAAUGCGUCGGGUGGGGGGGGUUCCCUGGUGUGGAGAUGCAACAUUUUUAAAAGUUGUGGAGUUUUUUUUUUUUUUUUUUUUAACUUUAAGUUAUACUUCAGUAUACAGUGAUCCCUCAAGAUACAAUGGUCUGGUCUUUACUGACCCAUCGUAAGUUGAAACUAGACUCAACAUACAAUAUCUCAGACUCAGACCCAACCAAUCAAGGCCACUUCUCUGGUGAAAUAGCUGGAUUAGUUACUAGUUAGCAGCUGUUCCUGACUGUUACAUGUUAGGACUUGUCUUAUCCGUCUUAGUUAUCUGCUUAUUUUUCCUAAGUCUUUAUUUUCUCUUAUCUUGGAUGACGUUUUAGGGCUUUGGAACCAAUUUUACUCAACUUACAAUGGUUUUAACAUACAAUAUUAA